UUAGGCAAAUGGACAACCUAAACCAGUAACAGUUUUUGAGACAGUGCAGGGUUACAAAUAUCAAAGCAAACAUAAAUAAAUAAAUAAUAAAAACACAAACGGAGUGGACCGUCUCCCUGCCUGCUCUUAUCCAAUCUAACAGUGACACUAUUUAGUUGUCUCAAGCCAAACACACUAUAAAACAAAACAUAAAUUACAUUUAAUACAAUUAAAUACAACCCUGUCAUUUUGCAGUUUCUUCUAACUUGUUAUUCUUAUAUGUGUCCGUCAUGGAUGUGUGUCUAAUUUGAACUGGAACUAUCUAUGGUUUAGUCCCUGCAUCUGUAUUUAAAUUUACUCUCAUAAAACUCACAUAAAAAGCAUUUAGUAAAUGCACCACUGGGCAGAACAGUUGAAAUAUUGCAAUACAGUCGAUGUUGCAAUAAAAAUAUGUUCUUUAUCUCGCACACACGCACACACAGACACACACACACCUGCAGCUAAUUAGACAAACAAUAGCAUUGAUCCACAAACAGUAAGUGAAAUCAGGCAUAUUUUAACAACUUACCUCUAACAAAAAAAGUGGUGUCCGCAAACUCCAUGUAAAUAAUUUGGUAUAAAUAGAACGGUGAAGGGUUGUUUUCAUUAAAUAUGCAUAGCCAUCUGGUCAUACCUGAUGAGCCAAUAAACUUGUAAAUAUUUGACGCACCUCUUUGAGAAUGAUUCAGUCUACUCACGCAAAAAUGUGGUCUGUCCACAGCGAGAUGGCUGCGUUGGUGUUAGGUCGUAGUACAUCUAUUUUUCUGGUAAGACUGUGUCUCCUCCUGGCAGCCACCUUCCUGUCACUCGUCCUCUGGGAAGUCAAAUCAGGCAUGAACUCGCUGCAUGACCCGGUCAUUCCAGUGCAGUUUUCCCUGGACCUGCCCGGGUGUGCGGCCAUCAUCACUGGAGACAUUGGUGACAAGAAAAAAGACGUAGAAACGCUUCUGGUCUUGAAGAAGAAGAGGAAACUUUUAUCUCCUCAGUUCUACCUCAAUCUGACACAGGACUGUCCAACCUACAUUGAACUGAGAGGCUUCAUCACAACUCCUCAGAGUAAAGAGGAGAAGGACUUCCCCAUCGCUUAUUCCAUAGUGAUCCAUGAAAAAAUCGAGAUGUUUGAGCGACUUCUGCGAUCCAUCUACGCUCCUCAGAACGUCUACUGUGUGCAUGUGGACCAGAAGUCGCCGGAGGAAUUUCACAAGGCCGUGGCGGCGAUUGUUGCCUGUUUUCCCAACGUGUUCAUCGCCAGUAAGUUAGAAAACGUCGUGUACGCGUCUUGGACCCGAGUCCAAGCUGAUCUGAACUGCAUGGAGGAUCUGCUGAAGUCCAGCGUCAAGUGGAAGUAUCUGCUGAACACCUGUGGCACAGACUUUCCCAUUAAAACCAACGGCGAAAUCGUACAGGCACUGAAGACCUUGAAUGGGAGGAACAGCAUGGAGAGCGAAAGGACUCCUGACUUCAAGAAGCCAAGGUGGCAGUAUCACCACGAAGUCACCGACACCAUCAAAUUCAUUGAGUGGGAGAAGGACACGUACAGCCCAGACGAACACAUGUGGGCCACGUUCCAGAGGAUGCCCUCGGUCCCCGGAUCUGUACCAGCCAACAUUAAGUACGAUACGUCAGACUUGCAAGCACAGGCUCGUUUGGUGAAGUGGGAUUCUUUGACCGGUGAUGUGAGAAAAGGAGCCCCGUACGGUGACUGCACCGGUGCCUACAGACGAUCCAUCUGCGUGUUUGGGACUGGUGACCUCCUGUGGCUGUUCCGACAACAUCAUCUUUUUGCCAACAAGUUUGAUCCUGGAAUUGAUGACUCCGUUAUUAGAUGUAUAGAAACAGUGCUUCGUCAUAGAUCUUUAGGUCACGACCCGCUGGCAUCAGUGCUGUCAAGGUCCCUGUAA